CGGGGAGGGGGCCCGCCGUGUCCGUUGCCCGCUUCGGCCCGGCCCGGGAGGCGUGCAUGCCCCGGCUGCCCGCGGCGCUCACCAGCAGCAUGCUCUAUUUCCAGAUGGUGAUCAUGGCAGGGACGGUGAUGCUGGCGUACUACUUCGAGUACACCGACACGUUCACCGUGAACGUGCAAGGCUUCUUCUGCCACGACAGUGCCUACCGCAAGCCCUACCCGGGCCCAGAGGACAGCAGCGCCGUGCCCCCCGUGCUCCUCUACUCGCUGGCCGCCGGGGUUCCCGUGCUCGUGAUAAUAGUUGGAGAAACUGCUGUGUUUUGCCUACAACUAGCCACAAGAGAUUUUGAAAACCAGGAAAAAACUAUUUUAACUGGAGACUGUUGCUAUAUAAACCCACUGGUGCGUCGAACGGUCCGAUUUCUUGGAAUUUAUACGUUUGGACUAUUUGCUACAGAUAUCUUUGUAAAUGCUGGACAAGUAGUUACAGGAAAUCUGGCUCCACAUUUUCUUGCCCUGUGUAAGCCCAACUAUACAGCGCUUGGAUGUCAGCAGUAUACACAGUUCAUCAGUGGUGAAGAGGCCUGUACUGGUAACCCAGAUCUCAUCAUGAGAGCAAGGAAAACAUUUCCAUCCAAAGAAGCAGCUCUCAGUGUCUAUGCAGCUAUGUAUCUGGCAAUGUAUAUUACCAACACAAUCAAAGCCAAAGGAACAAGACUUGCUAAGCCGGUUCUGUGUUUGGGCUUAAUGUGUUUGGCCUUUCUUACUGGACUCAACAGAGUAGCAGAAUACCGAAAUCAUUGGUCAGAUGUGAUAGCAGGCUUUCUGGUUGGAAUAUCUAUAGCAGUAUUUCUGGUUGUAUGUGUGGUAAAUAAUUUUAAAGGAAGACAACCAGAAAAUGAGCACAUACACAUGGAUAAUCUGGCGCAGAUGCCAAUGAUCAGCAUUCCUCGAGUAGAAAGCCCUUUGGAAAAGGUAACAUCUGUACAGAACCACAUCACCGCCUUCGCAGAAGUCACAUGAUAUUGAAGCAGAUGGUCUGUCACUGCAUUGGACAUCAUCCCUUUUCACCAUCCACUCAUAGCGCCCAAAGUUUGUUUGAUCACAAAAGAAGUUUUUAAAGUCGUCUAAUAGUUUUUAUAAUUUUAAAAUCAGUGACAACCUAUCUGUUUCCCCCACUAGACUGUGAGCUCCUCGAGGGCAGGACUGUGUCUUUCUUCGCUGUACCCCCAGCACCUACAACAAUGCCUAGCACAAAGUAGGUGUUCAAUAAAAAGUUGACAUCCGAAUGAACGAAUUAAUUCUUAAAUAAAAUGUUUGCUUUAGUUUCUCACAGCAUCAUUGCAGCUAUGUGAAAAGAAACUCUCCAUUUGGGAUUUCUUAUAAAAGCUAGUUAAGCUUUUUAUUUCUUCAUUUAUCUGUUCAGCCGUAUGCCAUAUUUAAUUUGAAGUGGACUUUGAAAGUCAUGGGGGUUUUUAUUUUGAUUCAGCAUGACAUUAUUUCCAUUCUAACAGAUUUCAGUGUGUGAAAUUACUUUUAGAAAGUAUGUUCUUUACUAAAAUAAUGUUUGCACAUUAUAUCAUGCUCUAUUUCACUUAAAAUACCACUCAUACUAUACAUUCUAAGACUGGUGCUUCUGCUUUUGAAGGGGAAAAAUGCCAAUUUUUACUGUAAUAAGUAAUGUAUCAUAAUUAAAAAUUAUUUAUUUGGACUUUUUUUCUGAACAUUGUGGUUUGAUUGUAGACUUCACAGUGUUUGAAUGCAGGCAGUAUUUAAGAUGAUUUAAAUGAGUCAAUUCAGCAAUGGUACACAUUACUAAGCAAUCUUCUCUUGGUAACAGUGUCUCAAGAGUAAUUAAAGGCUCCAUUCCUAGGCUUGUUUACUAGUCAAGAUUCCAUGUAGUUUAAAUGGGAAAGAACCACACCCUGACACAUAAUUUACGUGAUAUAAAAUGGUUAGCAUAUUUACUUUUCAUUUGUGUAGUACUUUAUAGUUUACAAAGUACAUGUACGUUCAUUAUUUCAUUUAACCCUCAGAAUAACCCCAUGUAAAUGUUAAGCGUAUGGCUUUAGUUUUAUAGACAAGAAAAAUGAAACCAAGACAGGGUAAAUAACAUGCCCAGUUCCACACAGCAAGUAAGAGGCAGGGUUAUAACUUAAAUUCAGGUUUUCUGGCCCUGAACUAGUAUUCUUUUCAAAUAUGUCACAGCUGCCGUAUUUUGAACACAUCGAGGCCUUUCGGAGGUCAGUAAAGUCCUUUAAAACUACCUAUGUUUUAAAAAAUUAAGAAAUGCCAAAAUAGAAUUACAAAAGCUAUGGGGCAUUUUAAUAAUGAACACUUUUAAGAUAUGCAAAUAUAUAAUGAUCUAUUUAUAAUUCUAUUUAACAAUAAUGUCAAGAGCCUAGAUGUGAGACUCUUUGUCCAGCAAAGGCUACAUCAAAUGGCUCUCUUGCCACCCUCAUCCCUGGUCCCCAAACCCCAACUCCUCAGGAGAGGCCCAGAGGAACAUACUUUCUAUUGAGCAUGUGGAAUUAAGGAUGAAAACCAUGAUAAUAUAAGGAAGACGAGCCGUUCAGUCUACUCCUCAACAAUAACCACAACCUUUAAGACUGCCUUUAGUAGCUCAGGAUUAUAUGAGCAGGAGUUAAUUGACUGAAAUGAAUUUUUCCAAACUUGACAGUAUUACAGAAAAUAAACUGUUAAAUUGCCUCUGUCUUUUCAGCAGAAUUCAGCAAAUAAAUAUAACCAAAGACUUGUCGAUUACUCCCAAUAGAUGUUACUUGCCCAUUUCCAUCAUUAUGGGAGUCUGAAAAAUUCUACUAGCAACAAAAAGAAAAAAAAUUUUUUUUAAUCCUUAUUUUUACCAGCUCCAAAACUCUAUAGCAAUUCAAUUCUAUUGAAGUUUAGAGUCUGAAAAGCUUGGAAUAGCUUGACCCUCUUUGAAGACGUCUUUAGGCAAUAACAGCAGUAGGGAAUCACUGGGAACGGAAGUGAAGAGGAUGAUCAGACAGUCCAGGAAGGCUUUCAGAGUUCGAUCAGUUCUGUCACUUGUAGGGGGAGGAAGAUGUGACAGUCUGUUCCAUAAAGAUUUACAGUCUUGGAAACCCUAUAGGGUCGCCAUGGAGUUGGAAUCGACACCACAGCAAUGGGGUUUUAUCAAUUGCAGCAAAAUUUUUUUUCAGGGAAAUGUGAAAUAAGCAGGAAUGCUUUUUCCUUUUGGACCCUUUGCCUUUGAGGCGAUUUGACUCAAAAUGACCCUUUAGUGUAGAACUACCCCACAGGGUUUCCAAGGCUGUAAACCGUUACAGAAGCAGACUGCCCCAUCUUUCUCCCGUGGAGCUGCCAACCUUUCAGUUAGCAGCCAAGCAGUUAAUCGCUGUACCCCAAGGGUUCCUUUUCCUGUU